GUGGUGGAGUCACCACCCCUGGAGAUGUUCAAGGAACACCUGGAUGUGUGGAACAGGACCCCAACUAUGGCUGGUGGCCUAUUUUCUAUUGACAGACACUACUUUGAAGAGAUAGGAACUUACGAUGCAGGAAUGGAUAUCUGGGGUGGAGAGAAUCUUGAAAUGUCCUUUAGGAUCUGGCAGUGUGGAGGUUCCCUGGAGAUUGUCACCUGCUCCCACGUUGGCCACGUGUUCCGGAAGGCGACGCCGUACACCUUCCCUGGUGGCACAGGACAUGUCAUCAACAAGAACAACAGGAGGCUGGCAGAGGUCUGGAUGGACGAGUUCAAGGACUUCUUCUACAUCAUAUCCCCAGGGGUGGUGAAGGUGGAUUAUGGCGACGUGUCCGUCCGCAAAGCUCUGAGGGAGAAGCUGAAGUGCAAACCCUUCUCCUGGUACCUGGAGAACAUCUACCCUGACUCCCAGAUCCCACGGAGAUACUACUCCCUGGGAGAGAUCAGGAAUGUGCAAACCAACCAGUGCUUGGACAACAUGGGCCGCAAGGAGAAUGAGAAAGUUGGAUUUUUCAACUGCCACGGCAUGGGGGGAAACCAGGUGUUCUCCUACACAGCCGACAAGGAGAUCCGCACGGACGACCUGUGCCUGGACGUGUCGCGGCUCAACGGGCCCAUCAUCAUGCUCAAGUGCCACCACAUGAGGGGCAACCAGCUGUGGGAGUACGAUGCUGAGGUGUUCUCCUACACAGCCGACAAGGAGAUCCGCACGGACGACCUGUGCCUGGACGUGUCGCGGCUCAACGGGCCCAUCAUCAUGCUCAAGUGCCACCACAUGAGGGGCAACCAGCUGUGGGAGUACGAUGCUGAG